AUGGCGUCUUCAGCCAAGAUGGACGUGGACAACGCCGACGAGUCGUACCUGGAGCAGGCAGCCUCGUCAUCGUCGACGCCUGCGUCGCUGCAGUCCUACUACCCCAAGUUCCGCCAGCUGCACGAGCGCAAGCUGUGGUACCAGCUCACGUUGACGAUCGAAGAGUUCCUCAACCACCCAGAUUCGCAAACGCCUCCGAUCCAGAUCGACCUGUACGACAAGUUUGUGAAGCGCUUCUCGUCCAAGAUCAACCAGCUGCAGCUUGCCGCCAUCGGCGUCAAGGUGGCACGGCAGUACCAGGAGCCGGCCAAGGCGCUCGAGUUCCUGGAGCAGCUCGCCACCAAGCUCGACUCGCCCGAUUCGCAGGAUGCGUACGUGUACGCGCUGAUGGAGGCGGCGCACUUCAAGCUGCUGCUCGGCGACGGGGACGGCACCAAGGCGGCUAUGGACAAGUGCGGCAAGAUCCUCGACGGCUUUGACGCGGUGGAAACGGCGGUGCACGCAAGCUACUACCGCGUAUGCGGCGACUUUUACAAGGCCAAGGCAGAGUACGCCAACUACUACAAGAACUCGCUGCUCUACCUAGCGUGCGUCAACGUGGACGUGGAUCUGACCGACGAGGCGCGCGUGCAGCGCGCGCACGAUCUCAGCAUCUCGGCGCUGCUGGGCGACACCAUCUACAACUUUGGCGAGCUUCUGCUGCAUCCCAUCCUGGCGUCGCUGGGCAAGAGCGAGCAGCAUUCGUGGCUUUCGGAGCUGCUGUUUGCCUUCAAUGCGGGCGACAUUGGUCGAUUCGAGGCACUGGCGCCGCAUCUGCCCAAGGAGGCGAUCCUGGCGGAGAAUCUGCCGUUCCUGCGCCAGAAGAUCUGCCUGAUGGCGCUGAUCGAGAGCGUGUUCAAGCGCUCGGCCGACGACCGCACGAUUGCGUUCGCAAGCAUCGCAGCCGAGACCAAGCUGCCGGUGGACGAGGUGGAGCAUCUGGUGAUGAAGGCGCUCAGCCUCAAGCUCAUCCGGGGCACGCUCGACCAGGUGGAGCAGCUGGCGCGCAUCACGUGGGUGCAGCCGCGCGUCUUGGACCACGGCCAGAUCCAGGCGCUCCAAGCACGCCUCAAGUCGUGGUGCACAAAGGUGGAAGAGGUGUCGGAAUACGUCAAGAACCAGACACCCGAACUCUUCGUCACGGCAUAG